UUCAGCAACCCCACAUACGUUGUUCUCGGCAACCACAAUCUCAAAAACGGCAAUCAUCAAAAAAUAAGGAUUGAAAACAAAACCAUCCAUGAAAAUUAUCAACACGUUGGACUGGGUGAUGACAUCAUGCUGAUUAAAUUGUCUAAGAAAGCUCAUCUAGGCCACAUGGUACGAACAAUUCAGCUUCCACCUGAAGAAAUACACCUUCGAGAAAACCAAGUGUGUCAGGUGGCUGGAUGGGGAAAAACUAAAACUGAUGAUAAUAAACCUGCUGAUGAGCUGAUGGUGGUGGAUGUGUCUGUCAUUGACAAACAAGUCUGUAAGGACCAGUGGGGUAAUCUUCCUGCCAACGUUGUCUGUGCAGGUGGAUAUGGCACAGACAAAGGAUUCUGUCAGGGUGAUUCUGGGGGACCUCUGGUGUGUCAAGGGUUAGCUGUUGGCAUUGUUUCUUAUAACCACAAUGGUAUCUGCAAUUACCCAGAGGAGCCCAACGUCUACACCGACAUCACAAAAUACGUUCAAUGGAUCAACAAAACUGUGACUGGCAGAAACAGUUUGGUGUAAAAGUUCGUCUUUUGCAUACUGAAACUUAAACAUUUUGAAGUUGUUUUCUCUGCUUGCUUUGUCAUCGUGACCAAAAAAUGGAAAUAAAAAUGCUUCUGACAAGC